AUGUUACCAUUGACACUGCACAAGAAGUCUUCUACUUUGAAGUUAAGAUUCUUAAUGCAGGAACAAGAAAGUAAGAAAAUAUUCAUUUAUUAAUUUAGCCUUGUUAUGAUUGGAAUUUCAGAGCAUGACUUUUAAUUGAACAAAUAACUUGGAACAGAUGCUAAGUCUUAUGGAUAUAAAUCAGAUGGGAAAAUAUUUCAUGGAAAAGCUACAGGGGAAGAUUAUGGUCCAAAAUUAGAACGCUAUGAUGUGAUUGGGUGCGGCUUGAUUAUGUUAAAAAAAGAAAUUUUCUUUACCUAUAAUGGAAGAUUUCUCGGAAACCCAUUUACAAACGUAAAAAUUGCUAAAGAUAAUCUCUAUGCUUCUGUCUGUUUACAAAGUAUUAAUGAGGAAGUCGAGACUAACUUUAGUGGUUCAAGCAAUAAUCCAUACUUGUUUGAUAUUGAGGGCUUAAAACAAAAAAUAGCAUAAACUGAAUAUUCUGAUAUUAUUAAGUAGCCAAUCUCAAGGAGUCAAAUACAUGAAUUAGUUUAAUCCUAUUUGAUCCACUAUGCCUAUGUUGAGACCUUAUAAGGAAUAGAGGAUGAUAAUGGAGGUAUCAUCAGUGAAGCUACUACUGACACUUAAUAUGCAACAUCAAUGCAAGUAGAUUAGAGUAACCAGAAUUUGAGUGAAAUUAUCGAGGAGAAAAAAGAAGAACUCGAGGAUUCUCCUCCAUAAAAGAAGAUGGAAAAAGAGAUAAACUACCAUCCAGCUCUAGAAACUUAAAAGAGUGAAGUAAUUGAUAGAAAGAUGACCGAAGAUGAUAAGAUAAUAGAAAAUAUAGCAUUAGGUAGAUAAAUAUCUGUUUUAAGUGAUGCUUCAAUGGAAGAUCAAAUGAAUGAUUUAUUGAAGAGAACUUAGAGAUCUGAAUCAGUUAAUAUAACAGAUGCUAAGAAUAAUUUGUAUGCCUAAAGUUACUCAUACUUUGAUGGAUUAAAUCGCAGAGUAAAUAGAAGUGGUAGUCUAUAUAUAGAGCCUAGAAUCACUGAUUUUGUGAUUGAAAAAAGCGAGAAACAUAAAAAAGCUAGUUCAGCACUGUAUCUCAAAGAUAGAGGAAUAUUAAGAUAUAUGCUAUUGAGUGGGGAUAUAGAGAGUGCAAAAAGUUUGAUAAUGGCUAAAUUCAAAACAUUGUAUGAAUAGAGCUUAAAAGUACAAGCAUAUCUUGAUGUACUUACUUUUGUUGGAUAUGUAGCAAUAGGAGAUCUUGAAAAUGCAGUCACCUAUGCAGUAAAUUUAGGUAAAUAUUCUAAUAGCUUGAAACCCAUCAAAAUUCCAACAAAAAAUUUGCAAUGUUAGGAUGCAAGUUUGGAAGUAAUUGAAGUGCUUUCCCUGCUCUGUUACCCUGAUCCAGAAUAAUUUGAAUACAAGUUUUUAAUAAGUUUAGGGCAAAGACAAAUCAUUGCUGAUAAAAUAAAUAACGAAAUAUUAAAUUAUGGAAACAGAUAAAAAUCUACAAAGCUAGGGGAUUCAAAUGUUGAAAUAUUGUUCAAGCAUUUGACAGUGAGCCAAGAAUUUAAUAAUUAUUUAUUAGAUAAGAGAAUGGGAGAUUUUAUGAACAUCGGAGAACAAUUCGUUUCUCACUACUACAAUGUCUUUGAUAACUCCAGACCAGGUCUUAAGGAGCUUUACACCAAUGAUUCAAUGCUAACUUUUGAAGGAGAGCAAUUCCAAGGUGUCGCUGCUAUCUUAGAGAAAUUCAGCAGCUUCGGCAACAUCAAGCAUGUCAUCAAGAGUUUUGAUGCACAGCCCUCAGUUAACAAUGGAAUCUUAUGCUUUGUGUCUGGCGAUCUAUUUAUCGAUGGCAGUGAAAACGCAGUUAAGUUCGCCUAAGUUUUCCACUUGGUUCCAGGUGGUUCAGCUGGCUUCUUCUGCUUCAAUGACAUGUUUAGACUUAACUACGGAUGA